AUGCGUGUGAGCGAGCCCCGGGAACGCCACAGCUGGGAGGAGGUUCCUCCGCUGGGGCAAUUGGCGGGGGGUCAAAGGGAAGGUCUCUCUCUUCCUGUCUGGCUUUUCUGUGCUGGUGCUGAAGCCAGGGCUUCAGAGGCAGCCUGGAUCAAGGGAAGGGGAACAUCUUCCAGCACGCCAGUGCCUUCGGGCCAUAGCUGGCCACUGUACUCUUGCGGCAGGCACCCAGCGGCUGUGUUCAAUCCUUCUCCAGCAGGAAUUGGCAGAGCUUUGAGCACUGGGUAUUGUCGUCUCUGCCAUGGGAAGUUCUCCUCCAGGAGCCUGCGCAAUGCUUUCGGGAAGGUGCCUGUGAUGGGGGAGAACUCAGAGAAGCAGCGCCGCGUGGAUCAGGUCUUCUUCACCGACUUCCAGCGGCUGGUCGGCGUGGCGGUGCGGCAGGACCCCGCGCUCCCCCAGUUCGUCUGCAAGAAAUGCCAUGCCCAGUUCUACAAAUGCCGCAGUGUCCUCAGGACGUUUAUCCAGAGGGUGAACGCGUCUCCCACAGGCCACGUAAAGUCGAAAGGAAAGAAUGGUGCGGGCCAGGCCCAGCCGGGCACAGAAGGAGGUGCCUCCUGUCUGGUUGACCUGAUCACCUCCAGCCCCCAAUGCCUGCACAGCCUGGUGACGUGGACGCACACACACGCCGGGAGCUGCCCAUUGGUGCCCAGCCUGCAGAGCGUGCUCUCCUCCGAAUACUGCGGCAUCAUCCGUGCCGUCUGGGGCUGCGGGGACGGGCACGACUACGUCAUGGAUACAGAUUCGGACUGUAGCACGGUGCUUGUCGACAACGCCUUGUCUGUCAAACGGGAGUGGAACAAGGGCACGGCGCAGCGCUUGACUGACAACGGGGCAGGGGCAGACAAUGCUGAGGCUGUUUCUGCUCCCAAACCCCAGCAUGCUCCAGUAAGGACAACUCCUUGCCAGCAGCCCACAAACAAAGGGACCACAUCAGUGCCACUGAACGUGGAGAAUGAGCCGCCGCAGAACAGGGAUUCAUCUCACUCGCAACUGGACAGCACGGCGUCCUUACAGGAGAAAGCCCUGCCGCAGCCCGUGUCACCACUGAGCAGUGCCACAGGACAGUUGAGUGGGAAGCAGGUUCUGUCUGCAACAUCGGAUGAGCGGGUAAAAGACGAGUUCAGUGACCUUUCUGAGGGGGACUUCUUGAGCGACGAUGAAAAUGAGAAGAGAAACGUGCAAUCUUCAGAUGACUCCUUCGAGCCUUACCCUGAAAAGAAGGCUUCUAGCAAGAAAAGCGACAGCAAAGAAGCAAAGAAGGCAGAAGAGCCUAAAAUAAGGAAGAAGCCAGGGCCAAAGCCAGGCUGGAAAAAAAAAAUCAAAUGUGAAAGGGAGGAGCUGCCUACCAUUUACAAGUGUCCUUACCAGGGAUGCACGGCUGUCUACAGAGGCGCGGAUGGCAUGAAGAAACACAUCAAAGAGCAUCAUGAGGAGGUUCGGGAGAGGCCCUGUCCUCAUCCUGGCUGCAACAAGGUGUUCAUGAUUGACCGGUACCUGCAGCGUCACGUGAAACUCAUUCAUACAGAGGUACGUAAUUAUAUCUGUGAUGAAUGUGGGCAGACCUUCAAGCAACGCAAACACCUCUCGGUCCAUCAGAUGCGGCACUCGGGAGCAAAGCCCCUCCAGUGUGAAAUCUGUGGUUUCCAGUGCAGACAGCGAGCAUCGCUCAAGUACCACAUGACCAAACACAAAGCUGAGACAGAGCUGGAGUUUGCCUGCGACCAGUGUGGGAAGCGCUUUGAAAAGGCCCAUAACCUUAAUGUCCACAUGUCCAUGGUGCACCCUCUGACCCAGACUCAGGACAAAGCCAAGCCACUGGAGCCAGAGCCCAUUCUCCUCCUAAAUACUUCAGGGACUUCAGAAAGCCAGGCAGUAAAGCCAGAAGUGACUGCACAACAGGAGCCCACCUGAGGGGGACAGGGAAGCUUUCCCAGUCCAGCCCUAUAGAAACCAUAUGGCAGAGUGGAGAUUUUUAAUCUACAUUUUAGUCUCCCAAAGAACUCAGUGGAAUUAGCUUCAGCUUGCUCAGAAAAAGCUUGUUAUCAUGCUGUGAUUCUCCAUGCUCACGUCUGAUUCAGCAGUGUUGUACUAAGUCUGUCUAAUCCUAGGGGAAUGGAUGUUUGGCAGCACCCCUUCGUGGUCCCCCUUUUCCCCACGCACACAGUUGUAGAAGCAAAGUUGGCUGCUGCCCAUACAGAAAUGCCCUCAGGUGGCUCUAAGGGUACAUAGGCCAGUGGAGCAACUUUAAGCAGACAUUUUGUUUUGGAAAAAAAAAAAAAAAGAAAAAGAUUCCCAAAGCAAGUCUAAACUGAAAUUUGUAACCUACUUUUUAUUGUAACAAGAGCUUCAUGGUUAUGCUUGUAAUAAAUUAUUUACA